AUGGCCUCCUUCUUAAAGGGCAUUGCAGCAGUUGUCACCAUCAAUGCCUGUUUGGGAAAUACAGCUUCCUGGCUACACUACAAGGAUAUCAGCAUUCCACCUGUUGGUUUCAACUUCAAGCGCAUGAAGAUUUACAAAUCUAGGGUUGCAGAUGUUAAAAAUGUUUUAAACAACCCACUAAAUGAGCCUGACCGCCAAAGCUUGAUCCCACUGGAGAAGGCUAAGAGCCAUUUUCUAUUCAUUGCUAGCAAGGAUGAUAAGAUCUGGAACAGUGAAUUCUUUGCCAUUGAAGCCACCAAACUCCUGCAGGCGCAUGGGAAGAAGCCUGAGAUAAUCUGCUACUCUGGAGCAGGACAUUACAUUGAACCCCCCUUCUUCCCAUGGCUAAUCCUCUCUCACUCCCCACACCUGUGUCAGCUCCCUUGCGGUGGGACUCACUACCUCCCAGGAUGUAGUUCCCCAGCCUCAGGAGAUGGCCCUUUUCCUGGAAUUAUUGACCUGUAUGGAACUGGUGGAGGGCUGCCAGAAUACAGGGCAUGCCUGCUGGCCAAUCAUGGCUUUGCCACCUUAGCCCUGGCUUACUAUAACUAUGAAGACCUCCCUAAAGAGAUGACAGAAUUCCACCUGGAGUACUUUGAGGAGGCUGUAAACUACAUGCUGGAACACCCUCAGGUUAAAGGUCCGGGAGUUGGCUUGCUUGGAAUCUCCAAAGGGGGUGAGCUAUGUGUGUCUAUGGCCUCCUUCUUAAAAGGUAUUACUGCGACUGUUGUCAUCAAUGGAGCUGUGGCCAAUGUGGGUGCAGUGCUUCGCUACAAGGACAUCACCAUUCCACCUCUUGGGUUCGACCGAAAGCGGCUUAAAAUCGACAAGUCUGGGCUUGUAGAUAUUGUGGACACGUUGAACAAUCCACUAGAGGGGCCUAACCAGCAAAGCUUGAUCCCACUGGAGAAGGCUGAUAGCUGCUUUCUGUUCAUUGUUGGCAAAGAUGAUCGUAAUUGGAAGAGUGAAUUCUUUGCCAUUGAGGGUGCCAAGCGCUUGUUGGCUCAUGGGAAGGAGAAGCCUGAGAUAAUCUGUUACGAAGGAGCGGGACAUUACAUUGAGCCCCCGUACUUCCCGAUGUGUGAAGCCUCCAUGCAUCUGCUGGUGGGCAGCACAGUGGUCUGGGGAGGUGAGCCCAAGGCUCACUCUGAAGCCCAGGUGGAUGCUUGGCAGAAGAUCCAAGCCUUCUUCCACAAAUACCUCAGUAGCAACCAGAGUGAACCCAGCAAGUUGUGAUACACUUAGCUGUGAAGUUGUUCCAUGUAAAAGGUUUCUGGAAUUUCAAAUUUGUUUUAGUGAGUGUAUCUUUGAAUGAGAAUGAAAGAGAAAUUGAGAGAAUAAGAUAUCCUAGCUUCAUUUACAAUGGCAGUGGGUGGGUGGGCCAGAUACCUGGGGUCUAAUUCUUAAUUAUUCUUAAUAAUUAAUAUUUUUCUUCCAAUUUUUCUGCUGCCUUAGCUUUCUGGCCCGCACUUCCGCUCUGUGUGAAGUAGGCUAGGAACUGGAUGAUGAUGGAUGCAAGAUAGGCCUCCAUUUAAGAAUAAUUUUAAGUGAGGAAAGUGGUCCAACCAAGUUGAAAAUUAUUCAGAUUUAUUUCCUCAGUAAGUGUAAGGUGACUUAGCAUCAUCAUUUCUCCUUCCAUUUCUGCUUCCAUUUAUCAGCUUUUCUAGAAGUAGGCCUUCUCUGUAACUUCUCAGCCAAGAUUUUUCUCCUAUUAUUUUCUUCUAUCUGCAAUUAUACAGUCUGCUUCCCUUUCUCAUUUUUUGCCUGACUGUUUGAUAUUCCUGCAUAUCAUUGCAAUUUCUCUGCUUUAAACAUUGUCAGCAUUUUUAUAUCUAACAACAGUGUUUUUUUUCUCCCAAAGUUAGCAGUGUUGUUGACUGGUUGACUCCUGAUCAGACGAUUAAUCUUUCUAUCUCUAGAAAAACAAUCAAGUGCUGUUGGAUUAGUCACACCUGAUACAUAGGUAAACAGCCUGAAUAAACGGUUGGUAUGAAGAGCACGAAUUACACGUUUUCUCCAUGUUCAUUAACUUAUAAAAAUAAGGAACCAGCAGCACUGAGCCUGUUUUAGCUGUGCAAGUUUGCCCACCUAAGCUAUGCCAGGUGGCACAAUGCAGAUCCACAAAACUUCCUUCUAUUGACUCAGCCUCUGUUGUACAGAGGCUAUUAUGUUCCAAAUCAGAUGGUUUUGAAGGGAGAAUUGGGUCCUUAAGAUACAUGUAGUAACUCAUUUCACUUCUAAGCUAAGGUAGAUCUAACCUUGGUCACUAGAGGAGUGACAAAAAUAGGAAAAGUAGUGGAAUGGUUAUGUUGUAACACUACAGCUGUUUCAAAAUGAAUGACAAAGUGGACAGCCCCUCAUCACUUCCUGUACAAUUACUCUACCCUGACUUAUCUAAGGAGAAUUUAGAGGAUUAAAUUGGAAGGGAAGAACUGAAACCAGAGAACUCAUGGAAAUUGUUUAAGACAUGCAACCAUGGCAACAUUUUAUUCUGAUCUUUUUCUCUGUGUAUUCUCACAAUCUUAUCUGCAGACUUUACUGACAAAAGAUUUGUCUGGUUUUUUUUGGGUUUUUUUUUAAGGUGUGCAGAGCAACUACAGUUCCAAUUAAUUUUAACUAAGGCUGUAGGUUUGCAGCCCCUCUGAAAACUGAGUACUAUGUUUUUGCUGUGUUUGCCAUAGUUAAGAUCAUCAUCGCCACAGCUCUGGAUUACAUUUUUUUUUCUCCAUAUGAACAGUUGUUAAAAAAAACAAACAACCCCAAACAUUUUAAUUGCUGGGUCUACAUUGCUGGUAGGAACCAGAAAAUACUCAUAUUGACUUGCAGAACUAAGAUUAGGUUGGCUGGGCUGACAAGUAGAAAACAGCAUAUUUUUAAUUAGAAUGGCACAGGAAAAUUCUGCCUUUCUUAUAUAAUUACUUUUCAGAGUAUAUUUGUUGCUUAAAAGUAAAGGAUUUCACUUGAAGGCAUUUACAAAUAAAUUUGCUUAUGGCAUCUUUGCAGAAGAUGCAUUAGAACAGAUUAGCCCUGCUAUGUACAUACUAGUCAUGUUGGCAAAUAGCAUGAUAUUGUGGAAAACAUGCCCACAAAUAAUAACUCUCUACAUUUCCAUCAAUGAGAGAGUUUUCAAAAAUGCUGAUAACAGAGAUGCCAGUUUUGACAAUAUUUCUGUUCCUGAACUUAAUGACCUUUGCAGUAUUCAUUUAAACUCCAUUCCUCAUAGUUGUUUAGAUUUCUUAGAAAAAGUAGGCUUCUUUUUUUCUCAUAGAGCAAAGUGUAGGUUGAAUGUACUUAUUUUAUUAAUAAUGAGCAGUGAGGUGGUUAGCCAUGUUAGUCACAAGUCAGGCAGAAGGUAGAGCAGGGUGGCAUCUUAGAGACUAACUGGUUCAGAGAGGCAUGAACUUUCAAAGGCAUCUUAGUCAGGUGCUAUGAUUUGGCUAGCAUCUGAUGAAGUAGAUUGUUGCCUAUGAAGAUCAUGCCUGUCUGAACCAGUUAGUCUCUAAGGGUGCCUAUGCAUGUGCUCCAACACAUGCAUUUGAAUUAAUUGCAUUACGAUUAAUCAGGUCUGCUCCGUAUUCUAAUUAGAACGCUCUAGCAUCACAUAUAUAAGCUCCCAUGGGUUUAAAAAUGGCUGUUGCGGUGCUUUAACUAAAGCUUAUUGCGUGCACUUUAGUUAAAGCAUCCUGCAUUCAUUUUUAAAUAUACAAGGGAUUAAUACAUGUGAUGCUGUGGAAUUUUAAUUAGAGCAGCUCUCUGGAAACUGCUCAAAUUAAAAUGCCCCACCUUCCGCCCCCAAGCAUGUGUAUAGGCAGCCUAGAGUGGCAUCCUGUCUUACCUUCUGCUUGACUAUAAAUAAUGUACUUGAGUUAGUUAUCUGAUCUAGGCUAUACAAUGUGUUUCAGUUUCCUGAGUGACCAAGGAGAGAAAUCCACUACAAGAGGCGUCUUGGUCUUGCAAGAUAAAAUUGGAUAAAAAAUAUUCCUGUGACACUCAGUAUUUCGCAGACCUGUGUGAGCACAGAUGAUUGUAGGACUUGGCCAAGGGAAUAAACAAUGGAAGGCUUUGGUCUGUUACUGUGAGGCAGCCACUGAGGAAUAUUUUCUUCCUCCCCAUAUCUUUCACCACUACCAAACAGCUCUGGGCUAUCAGGCAUUACCAUUACCAAAGGGCUGUGAGCUGUUGCUUGAAGUGCCAAUUCCUCCACCCUGGGAAGAGUAAAGAGCUGUUCCUGGGUGUGGGGUUACUGCUGGACCCCUAGGGACUUGACUCAGGGAUUUUUUUGCCUCCUUUCCUGGUAGAAUACGAUCCAUUUCUAAGUAAUGUCACACCAGCUUCAGACUACUGUAUGCGAGUUAAAUAAUAAACGUUAUAAGCUUCUAAAAACACAACUUGUAUGUUUAUUGGGCUGGCAGCUUUUGUCUUCAGAUAUUCCAUGUGCAACAAGCAUGCACAUGUCCUGUCAGGACACAUACAGUUAGCUGUCAGAGACUUACCUAGGAAGGAUUUGUGCCCCGGGGCUGCCAUUCUUGUACCUGCUCUUAUUUGGUGCCUAGGACUGGUGGCCUGCUAGCCUACCCCUAGAUAUACUACAGUUAACUUUGUUCCCUCUGAGACUUGCGGGGCUGAGCAGGAUUUUUCCUGCAUUUGCUUCUCCUAGAUAGUGAGAACUACUGGGGUGUUAGAUGCCAAAACUGACAGGAGAGAGUCUGUCCUGUCCCUCAGUGCCUCCACUGCUGGCACCCUGGUAGUGUAAAAGUGAAGGAAGAAGCAGCCAGAUUUGGCAAUUGUAGAGGAGUGAGGAGAAAAGGACAAAGGCAGACUAAAGGACAAAGGCACACUGUCACUUCAAGAUCCAAAUGAAAAUCAGGAAAAACUGUCAGAGGUGACUAGCUGGUCUUUGCUCUUGCUUCUUUGUUAAUUGGGGACUGGACUACAUGGAACGUGUGAAGAUUACACAUGGAUAAGUUGGUUUGUUGAGGUUCUUAUUGCUAUUCUUGUCAUUAAUCACCAGGCAAAGGUCUGUCAGCUGCAACAUUUAAGUUGAAGAAAGAACAGCGGGACACACUGAAUUAGAUAAGACUGAUCUUUUAAGACAGAUGAUCACCAGUGUCUUGCAUAUCUUUUUCCAUUCUAUUUGGCAACAGUAUUGACUUGCAGGGAGGAACAGAAAAUCUGGAGGGCUUAACUUGUAGUAUGUUACAUGUAACAGCAUGUGACAUGUUGAGUAUAUAAAGGAAACAGUAAGGGGUCCCAGAUACGUUGCAAAUAGUUUCCAUGUCACUGUCCUGUUCCUGUGCUGUAGCUCCAUUUUUCCUUGAACUGGCAGCACAUCUCAAGAGGAGAUGAGGGAAACAGUUCAUACCUUCUGUAGAAGUACUGUUUCAGGUCAUCUACAUGCCCUGGUGUUGGGUACCUUCUGUUCAUGCUUUCAAGUUCUCUGCACAAGUGAAGGUUAAAAACAUUUUGUUUAAUUGCUGAGAUUUAUUUUCAUCAUGUGAGGCUAGAAGUUGGGGCUCUAACCACAGGGUCUGUAAAGCUAGAUCCAAAAAAAAAAAGAAAAAGAUGAGAGAAAUUUAAGAGCCAAAUCUAAAUGUGCACUCCUGAAAAUUCAUGUCCAGCCACCACCUAAAUCUGGAGGCACCUCAGCUGUAUAGGUCCCUUUGGUUUGGGCCUUUAACCUUUCCCAGGUGUCUAAGUUGUGCUUCUUCACCAAAGCAUCUCAGUCUUGAGGAGGCUGAGCAGCUUGGAGCCUCUCACACCGCAGCAGCCUCUUCCUUGUCAGAAACUAUGUUCCUUUGCCUAGUUUCUGGAGGGACUCAAUCCAGUAGGUGGUCUUGGAGCACACUUAAUGGAUGAGUGUCACUAUGCAAUGCAGUGGGAGGUGCCCUACUUUCAAAAUGGAAGAGAAGGCCCUGCCUCUCCUUUUAUAUAUCAAGCUAGUGGACAGAUCAUUCCUGGGGGGCUUUGGAGAUUGGGUUCUUGCUCUGAAUGAUGAAUAAAUCAGGGACCCCAGGAUUGAUUUCAGUUGGCUUUAUUAAUUUAUGCUCUUUGUUCAACCUCCCCAAAGCCAGGAGUACCCAGUCUGAGAUUCUCUCAGGGUGUUGCUCCUGGAUCCUGCUUGCCCAUCUUUCAGCAUUUGCUUUUGAAACACCUUGCAUCUGGGUCUUCCCCCAAGUUAGAUGCCAGGGCUGAGGCUGGUGGGCAGGAGGAGAGGGGAAAGCACACUUGGCCUACAUCCAGCUCCACCUUUGCUGCUUUUGUCUCCCAUCCUGGCCUCGCCUGGGUGCUGGGCAAGCUCCCAGCAGGCCAAUAAAGGGCUUUGUCGCACUUUCACUUGCAAGGGCCACAAAGCCUGGGGACGCAGUGGCCUGCUGCCAUCAGAGGGUGCUAAGGAUCUAACCCCCUCACCUGACAGGGAGCAACCGGUUGAGCCUACCCCUAGGCAGCGCAUAGUCCAGGGUGACUACCCUCACGGGAGACCCUAUCCCCACCUGAAAUCUGCUCUUCUGGCAUCCGCACUGGGCACCAGGCUCAGGGGGAGGACUGGUCUUUCCUAGACACCAGCUGCCCCCUGCCCCGACUCCCCUCCCCUGCAGCUGCUGGAGGACUGUUGUGUCGUGUUGUGAAGCGGCCGCUGUGUUGCACUGCGGUGCUCCCUCCUCGCCGCUGCCAGGAGUGAGGGAGGUGGGCUGGGAGCGGCACCGCAGCACCCUCCCCCCUCUCUCGGCCAGCCCUGCCGGGUCCUAAAUAUGAAGCAAUCGUACUGGGAGCUCAGCAUUAUCAUAUUUCCUGAAACACAUGCAAACACGUCUUAUUUCUGUUGCCUUGCUCACUGCAGCGAGUGCGAACCGGGUCACCGAAGUUGAAGCUUUCUUUGAGGCGAGCAGCACCCACAAAAGUCAGCUCAGACUCCCCGAGAGGGGCUCGGGUCGUACACGGGCUGCCUCAAAAAUGACCGUACUUUUUGAGCAAUUUUACUAUUAUUUCUUGCUUGCGCGUGGCAGAGGGUUGAAGCGACGGCACCGAUACAGCCAUUACGAUACACCAGGCAGGCGACGCUGCCCUCGGCCCGCCCGCGCUCGAUUGAG